UCAAUUCUGCAAGUGGUUCUGAUUUACUAUCGCUGUUCUCUAGCUGGUCUAAAACCACUUUUGACCAAAAGGGACGCUUUUUGGACGCCAUGGACUUUUCUCAGUUUCCAGGCAGAAAGAACAGUAAAAAUGCAUGCAGGGCACAGGACAAAGCACUAGGGACAAAAUGUAUGUGAAAUGGUUUGAUACAGUAAUGUUAUACUAUGUGACUUUAUUUUUAAAAUCUUCAAAUUUCCCGCCGGUUCCGGCCCCUGUAUGUCGCUCGCAGGGACCGGAACCCGGAAGACGGAUGCCGGCAUCGGCCGGAAGAGAUGGCAGGGGACGCAUCGCGAGA